GCCGGGGGCUCCAUAAAACCCCGGGCCGGGCACACCGCGCCCGCCCGCCCGGCAUGGAGAGCCCGAGCCUGCCCUCCCACGGCCGCCGCUUCGGCCCCUCCGUGCCCGGGCAGCGGCUGCUCCCCGGCAGCGCCCCGGGCCGGCUCCGGGCGCCCCGCAGCCCCCGGCCGAGCCCCGGGCCGGGCUCGGGCAGCGGGGAUUUCUCGCUGGCCGCGGCGCUCAACUCGGAGUUCAGGGAGACGCGCACCAGCGAGAGGGUGGAGAUGAUGGAGCUCAACGAGCGCCUCGCCAGCUUCAUCGAGAAGGUGCGGCUGCUGGAGCGGCAGAACCGGGCGCUGCUGCUGGAGCUGGGCCGGCAGCGGCAGCGGGAGCCCUCCCGUGCCGACGGCUACCGGGAGGAGCUGCGGGAGCUGCGGCGCCGCGGGGAGCGCCUGGCCACCGCCACGGCCCGCCUGCAGAUGGAGAGGGACAACCUGGCCCAGCAGCUCGGCAGCCUCCAGCAGAAGCUGCAGGACGAGGUCACCCUGAGGCUGGAGGCCGAGAGCAACCUGGCUGCCUACAGACAGGACGUGGACAAUGCUGCCUUGGCUCGCCUGGCCUUGGAGCGGCGCGUGGGGACCCUGCAGGACGAGAUCGCCUUCCUCCACAAGGUCCACCAGGAGGAGCUGCGGGAGCUGCAGGAGCAGCUGGCCCAGCAGCGCGUGCACGUGGAGGUGGACGCGCGCAAGGCGGAGCUGUCGGCCGCGCUGCGCCACGUCCGCAGCCAGUACGAGGCCAUGGCCGCCGGCACCGCCCAGGACACCGAGCAGUGGUACAAGUCCAAGUUUGCAGACCUGACGGACGCGGCUGCCCGGCACGCCGAGGCGCUCAGGGCAGCCAAGCAGGAGGCCGGCGAGUACCGGCGCCAGCUCCAGGCCCUCACCUGCGACCUGGAGGCUCUGAGGGGCUCGAACGGGUCCCUGGAGAGGCAGCUGCGGGAGCUGGAGGAGCGCUACGCCCUGGAGACAGCCGGCUACCAGGACACGGUGGGGAGGCUGGAGGAGGACAGCCAGAGCCUCAAGCAGGAGAUGGCCCAGCACCUGCAGGACUACCAGGACCUGCUCAACGUCAAGCUAGCCCUCGACAUCGAGAUCGCCACGUACCGCCAGCUGCUGGAGGGAGAGGAGAGCAGGAUCACCAUCCCUGUGCAGAGCUUCUCCGAGCUGCAGAUCCGAGAGACCAGCCUGGACACCAAAUCUGUGUCAGAAGCUCAUGUGAAGAGGAGCAUCGUGGUCAAAACUGUGGAGACCCGAGAUGGAGAGGUGCUGAAGGAGCCCAAGCAGGAGCCCAAGGAGGUGCCCUAGGGCAGGGCAGCCGCGGCCCCGCAGGUGCCAGGGGAGCCCCGGGCCGGGCACGGGGCACGGGAGGGGCCGGGGGCGCUUGGGGGGCACCUCCCCGCCGUGCCCCCCUGGCCUCUCCCCGUGCCCAGGGCCCGGGGCACCCCCUUAGGGGGCA